UUUCAGGCUAUGAAUGAAAAUAUCUGGCAGAUUUUCUGCAGAAGCCUUUAGAGGAAACCGGGCAGGUCUUCCAAGCCAUAAAGGACGACCAGAGGGGCUGGACCACGUCGUCUCCGCGGAGAGGAGGAGAUCCGUCCGCGUAUUUCGCAGGGAGGCGGGGUGAACGGGGGUGUUUCUAAGGGAGGCUGCGACCAGAUAUUUCACAGAGAUGGAGUUUCUGCAGAAUCAUCACGCGGUGAACACCUCCGAGCCGACGUACACCCUCGGCACAGGUUCCGUGGGAAGCAUCGAGGCCACUAUACCUUCCGGCCUCUGUACUGGACCCCUCGGGGUGCUAUCCAGCGAGGACACGUUAACGGACAAUCAAAACGAGGAGACUUUGGGCGCUCUGCAAGGCACCCUACGCCUGCAGGACCUUCAGAACUCCCCGGAGGACAUCGGUGCCGAUCAGAGCCAUCAGAUCCAGAACUCGGGGCAGAAUCAAGUGGUCAGCGAGUUCGGGGCGAGCUUCUGGGUCGACGACAUGGCUGGUUUCCCUUUGCCGCCUCUGGAUUUGGACCCCUUGCCACCUGGCCUCUUCAGUCCCUGUUCGGGGACUUACAAUUGGGGUUGCACCAGAGGGGAAUGCGCGCCAAGACCAGGAAACGUAAACGGGGAAGGCGUCGCGGACGUCCUGCUGUCUCUGAAACACGCUGUGGUCCAUCCUGGUAGCCCCACAGGAGGAUAUUACACCACUGGUGGAUCGGGACAUCAUUAUUCUCAAGAUUACACUCAGAAUCUCGGUCCACCAGUCCCUCCAACGCAUUACGCGACCACUCCAGCCAUGUCGGUCAACGUUUCCAUGAACAUGACGAUGAACAUGAACAUGCACUCUGGGUACGAGCAGAGCUAUUCGUCGGCAUGGGGCGUGGAACCCCUGUUAAGUCCCGCCCAGCAGUAUAAUCCCGUGGAGCAACAGACGAGGGUGAAUCAACCCCCGGCCAAUAGCCUGAUCGGCACCAGCACCCAUCCGCAUUCUCAUCCCCCGACGCACGGCCAUUCCAGGCUGCAAUUGUCCAGCGAGCAUGCGCUGUGCAUUGGCGCCACUGGGAAUCCAGUCGCGUCCGACGACAAUGGCAGACCUAAUCUCUGCAGAAUCUGCGGGAAAUCGUAUGCGCGUCCCAGCACCCUCAAGACGCAUCUCAGAACCCACUCUGGCGAGAAACCGUUUAGGUGUCAUGCGUGUUCGAAGGCAUUUAGUCAAGCCGCGAAUUUGACCGCUCAUGCGAGAACCCAUUCCGGGGAAAAACCGUUUCGAUGUCCAGUGUGCGACCGAAGAUUUUCGCAGAGCAGUUCCGUCACGACACACAUGAGAACGCAUUCGGGGGAACGUCCAUACAGAUGUCGAUUCUGCAAGAAAGCAUUCUCGGAUAGCUCUACGUUAACGAAGCAUCUUCGAAUUCACUCCGGCGAGAAACCGUACCAGUGCAAGCUGUGUCUGCUGAGGUUCAGUCAAAGCGGCAAUCUCAACAGGCAUAUGAGAGUCCAUGGCGGUUCUUUGACGUGACACAGCUCGAUAUCGAUCAUCGACAACGAUCGGGCCCUGCCGCGAUGUUGUCGAAUACCUGUGAUUCAACUUGGCUCGAGCUUACCGGAGAGAAUGUAAAAUAAAUAAAUUUGCGACAGACGAUGCUCGUAGGAGUUCUGCCACCUGACUGACUCGAAUUCGCGAAGCGUCCACGUGAACGCUUUUGUUAUUUAAGGGCUUACAUUUGGAUAUUUUUUUAAAACGAUACAUAAGACAAGUAAUAAUCGCAGUAUGUGCUGUAUUUGGCAUUAGGAACUUAUUCAAGAAUUCAUUAUACUCAUCCCCUUCAUCGUGACAGCGAAUCGAAGGAAACGAAUAAAACGGGGAACGUCGGCACCGUUGUAUUUUAGAGAUUUUUUGGACUUGUAAAAUCUCCCACGAUCGUUCGUUUAUAUGCUACGAAUUAUUACAAACAGGUCAGGAUAGGUGAACAGGGUAUCGCAGUUUUAGACCUACAGCAUCCACCACAGCACCGUUGAUUAUUGUACAAAUAUUGUAUUUAUUAUAAUUAUUAUUAAUUAUAAUAUUAAUGUUGCUGUUUUUACCACCUUCAAUUUUCA